UUGAGUCUCUGCUGUGCUGCGGGACGUAACGGUUCGCUAAAGGCUUAACAUGGACCGGACCGGAGCUUCUUCCAUUUACCAGAUGCUUCCCCUCAGAAACCGACACCCGGCGUGUGAAAAUGUCUCCUUUUCCUCCUCUGCUGCUGAAGUUCGGAGUUUAUCUUCAAGAAAUCUGAUUUAAAAGUUUGAAACCACAAAGCGCUCCUUGCGUGGAAACUUCUCACCAAAACCAACUUUUGAAAUAACAGUCGCCACUUUCCUCUCAUGGAUGCAAAGACGCUUUUGGAGUAUUUAAACAACUUUUUGUGAUUUUCAAGUGUUUUUCGGGAACUGAAAGUGGACUAUUCUUGCGGGAAAUAAGUCACUCCUCGUCCUCCAAAACUUCUCAUCUCCUGCUGUGAGCCAGCUGCAAAGAAUGCCAUGUUCUGGUUAUCUCGCUAGUUUCGUUGUGUUUGUGUAAAGAAAAAGCUGCAAACCAUAAUGAUUUCAGAGGAGAGAAGCAGCCACGCAAAUAAACAAGCCCUGAACUUCCCUGUGGGUUUACUUAUCCGCUCUCCCAAGAAGCGCCUGGCCAAGCUGGGGAGGAAACCCAGCAAUGGAUCUCUGCAGUCCAACAACUCGGACAGCACCGUCCGCUCCACUGACAGCGUGGGUGUCCGGCAGCCAGCCAAGAGCAAAAUCCGCCGCCAUAACAACAGGCUUUCAACUGUUUUCAACCACAGCCCCAACUUACGGGAUGGUGGACGGCGUAGCCAGGGAAUGGGCAGCGGGAGCCUGGCCGGAGACCUCCAAGCUGCAGACGACCCGGCUGAGCUGUCCAGUCAAAUGUCCGUCCCCGGCAUCCUGAAGAUCUUCGGAAGCGACAUCUGUCAGGGGACCAACUACAAGAGUGUACUGGCCACCACUCAGUCCAGCGCAAAGGAGCUGGUGAAGGAGGCUUUAGAGAGGUACUGUCUGGAAAAAGAAGACGCCAACGACUAUGUGUUGUGUGACGUGAUUGGCAAGACGGGCGCCGAUAAUCAGUGGAAGAGGGAGUGCUUCAGGGUGGUGGGUGACAACGAGAGGCCCCUCAUGUUGCAGUCACUUUGGAAACCCAAGGAAGGCUUCUCCAGACGAUUUGAAAUCCAGCAGCGAGCAAACGUCGAAGAGCAGAGUUUAAAGGACAGAGACACAGUCACAGCAGGUAUCAAUGCUCAGGCUCGUAAACUGCAGAAGAGCCGUUCCAGAGUGACCUCCCUGUUUGUGGACGGCAGUGGGGAGGACGUGGACGGACUCGGCAUCUGGAGGAGCUUGAGCGAGAUGGAUCUGUCAGCGAUGGGGAAGGAGGCCAACCGAGCGCAACAGAGCACGCUCAGAGAGGAUCCUGAGGCCGAGGCCGACAAGGAGGUGUUGCGGCUCGGCAUGGAGAAGGAGGAGACGGAAAGCAGUGAUGACAACACCACCCAGUACUCCAUCCACCCACCAUUUGACUUCCCGUACUUCCUCCUGCUGCAGGGUUACAGCCACAGACAGGAUUUUGUCAUCUAUCUGAUGAGUGGGACCACCACCAUCUUUGGCUGCUGCAGGGAGCACAGUAAUGGAGAAGACGAGGAGAGAUUAAAAGUGGACAUCCUUCUUUUUGCUCCCGAUGUGUUGCCACAACACUGCUGCGUCAGACGCCUGGACUCGAACAACCAAACCUCCACGGGAGAGCACAAAAAGACAAUGACAAUGCUGAAGCCUCUCCAUGGUGCUCCUGUGACCCGAAAUGGUUUUCUUCUCAAAGAGGAGGUAGAACUGAAUCCAGGAGAUCUGGUUGGUUUUGGGAAACACUACUUGUUCAUGUUUAAGGAUCCCACCAGUGCAUCAGGAUCCAUUCACACUCCUCCGUGGAUGACGAGACUCUGCCCCAACGCUGACUCAAAAACGUCCUGUUCGUCGUGCGGCUCGUCUUUCACCAUAAAAAAGUUCCAGAGAAAGCCUUUACCUCCUCGUUGGAGAGACCUGGAAGGCACCGAGGCUUCGGUAAGCUACGAGCUGGACAAGGAGGAAAGAGUCCUGCAGGAGAUUCUGGACAUGUUGGAGCCCAGCGGGAACGAACCAAAGCUGACGCCUGCUUUUCUACUGAGCCUCUGCAUCCAGCACUCGGCCUCCACGUUCGAGCUGACACACUUCAGACAGCUGCUACUCCGGAUAGCCAGUCAGAUCCAGCUUGUUAUGUGGGAGAAGACAAAGGAACUUGCAGCAAUCCAGCCAGAAACCAGCUCUGGCGAUGGGCAGGUGGACAGUCUUCAGCUGCUGAGCAUGGAGGAGCUGAUCCCAGGUCUGCAGCCGCUUGUGCUGUGGAUGGCCAACUCCAUCGAACUGCUGCACUUCAUUCAGCAUGAGGUCCCUCAGCUGUUGCCAUGGAGGCAGGACCAGGAGGAUCAAGGUCUGUUUGACUCUGAGAUGUCUUCUACACGGACAGCCUGCGAGGAAGCCAUGACAGUCCUGGAAGAAGUCAUCAUGUUCACCUUCCAGCAGUCUGUCUACUACCUAACAAAGAGUAUGUAUUCAGCCCUGCCUGGCCUGCUGGAUGGAAAUCCAUUCUCAGAGGGCGGGCAGCUGCGAGUGCCUGAUGGGCUUGAAGACAUCCUGGAGGUACUAAAGGAGGUGCUGAAGCUUCUCACAGCGUUCCAGGUGCAUCCGGACAUCUCGUUACAACUGUGUGCCUACCUGUUCUUCUUCAUCAAUGCGUCACUGUUCAAUGCCCUCAUGGAGAGAGGAUCUGUCGCUGGGUUCUACCAGUGGUCCCGAGGUGUGCAGAUCCGAGCCAACCUAGACCUGCUGAUGGACUGGAUCCAGAGCAUUGGUCUGGGCGAUCUGGCUGUCGAGUUCUUCCAGAAGCUUUCUGCUGCUGUCAAUCUGCUGGCCACACCCAAAGAAACCCUCCUGCAGGCGUCCUGGGCUUCUCUCAGGACUGAGUUUGCUGCUUUGAAACCUGCCCAGCUCCACCACAUGCUGAGGGAGUACAGCUCUGGAAAAGCCUGCCCCACCGGAUGGAACCCAUCGCCGGAUGAUGCAGAGGACGCCGUCAGGACGGCGGACAUCCUGGAGAGCUUCGACAACCACCCGCCGCUCAUCCUGCCCAGCAGCUCGUUUCACUUGGAGCUGGGUAAACCCAUCGUGGAGCCAGCUCUGUUUGAACAGCUCGGUCGUCUGCAGGAGUUCAUUCGCCAGCUGCCCUACAGUGAAACCCAACCCAAUGUGGAGGAACAGACUCUCAGCGGGCCGACCACAGACAGCCAGUCUGCAACCUCGCCCUCUGUCAGGGUCUUCCAGGAUCCUGUCCAUCAGGUGGUCUCUGAGCCGGCUACCUGUCCCACCUCUGAGGUAAACCUGCACUGUACCUCCACUACAGAACCAGCUCAGGCCAGAGGAUCGCAUGGUGACCUGAGCAGCUGUGAGGCGGUCCUGACCCAGAAGCUGAAGAGCCUGGAGCUGCAGAACACCCUUCCAGGACAGGCCGACAUGGGCUACCACAAGAGCCUGGCGCUGGACCCGUCCUGCCUGCUCACCCCGCCCAACACCCCACAAGGGAUGGAGCUGGCUGAGCUGGAGGCAGAUCUGCAGGAGGGCGCCCGCCUACUAAAGAAAGCUGGUGGAAGUGCUGAGAGGAAGACGGGAAAUGAGGAAACAGAAGAAGACAGAGAGGAAGUGUUCAUGGUGGAAAUUCACAGAGGACCUCAUGGUCUUGGACUGGCACUCGUAGAUGGAACGAAAACGCCACUGAGAAUGAGCGGCAUUUAUGUGAAGUCAGUGGUUCCCGGCUCUCCGGCUGCCAAGUGUCAGAAACUGAGAACAGGAGAUCGUAUCCUGGCUGUGAACGGCAUCAGCCUGGUGGGGAUGGAAUAUACCACUGGGAGAGAGCUGAUUCGAUCAUCGGGAGACUCUCUCAGGCUGCUGGUCGCCAAGAUCGACGCGAAAACAAGCGUUAAGGCCUCGACUACAACUAAAUGCUGAAGGAAGAGCGCUGGUGGACCGUCAAAAGCAACUGGGAAUACUGGAGGACGUGAGGUUCAUCCUUCCUGCUGCAUCCAAAGUCAGUAUCUCUCACAGGAUGGAUUCCUCAACUAGUGGAAAACAAACUUGCUCAUUUUUAUUUCUGACUCGUUGCGGAAUAGAGUUUUGUGGUGCGUAAAGAGCUUCGAGACAAUCAACCAAAGGCUCUGUGAUCUCACACCAAACUCAGACUGCGGGCGUUUUUCUGGCAAACGGAGGGCCAAGUUUUUAAAAGCUCUUUUUUUUUUUUUUGCUGUCCCAGCCUCUUUCUGGCCUAUAAACAAACUCUGCUCCGUUCUCGUGGGGAAAGUAGGCGUCUGUGGCGAUUUGCAGUCGUGAAACAUGUAUCUGAAUGUCUGACUUCAAGUUUUCUGUCUGAAGAGCGACUGCGGGGGCAUAAACGUCUGGAUUCAACUGGAAUUAUUAUUAUAAUUCUAUUCUAAUUAAAUUAUACUUACUUUGAAAAACUGUGAAACUUUAUAUUUUACACUGCAAAACCAAACAUCUUAGCCCUUCAUGUAGUCUGUAAAGGGAGUCACUAAAGUUACAAAUCUGCAUGAAGGCAUCAGGAUGGAAUGAUUUCUUUGGUUUCAAAUAUAUACGUUGAUAUUCUUAUUUCUGAAUGAUAAACUUACCAAAACAGGUCAUUUUCAAUGUGGCCUUCAAAGCAUUACACAUCUUUACGUUGUAAAAUGUCCACUUGUUUCAGUGCAACAACCCCUGUACUCUGGUUUCUUAAGGCUGCUGUUCCUGUUAUCCUGCUGUCUUGGAUCACUUACUAUGCAAAAAAAAAACAAGACAAAAUCAGCACUAGUAAAUUGAAAUUUGAAUUUGUAGCAUUUUAUUCAUUUUUCAACAUUUUUGGUUUCUUCGGACUUGUUGCCUAAAGCCUCAGAUAACAAGCAAAAGUUGCACCUGGGUGGUUUUCCAGUUGUUGACGAACGGAGCAACCUCGGAAGGUUGAUAAUAUUAUUCUGUUAUGGCAGCAGUCAAAUUUAAAUCGAAAUUCAUGAGUCCAAGGAGUCUAUUGCUUGGUCUUUUGAAUAAAGCGAACAAUCAAAAAUCAUGAUUAUUUUCAUUAUCGAUUAACCUGCAUGAAUCUAAAAAAAACAAAUAUUCAGUGUACUUUAAUGUAAAAUGAAUAAAAUGUGACAAAGGGACAUUUAAGAGCAUCAGAUAGGGACAUUUUUGUUUGAAAAUCAAUUAUUCAUCUCAUUGUUGCUGCUAUAAUUAUGGCUCAGUUUUCCACACUACAGCCAAUCACAGUGCAUUAUUUCCUUGCUGAAGAGUCGAGUCUUCCUCUUACUUAUAACUGAUGCUUUACAAGAAUAUAUGCUGGAAAUAAUAAACAUAAUAACUGUAAAGUCAAGAGCAAGACAAGAGCAAAAACACACUCUUACAGCUAAAACAACACACUUCCUUAUAGUUUAGAGACAUAUAUUCUACUGUAUAUAGAAAAAUACAAAGAAAACAUUUGUUAUAAUGUUCAGCUUUUUCUGCUUCCGUCUGUCAUCUCUACACACAAACAGUACUAAUAGUGUAUGUACUGCAGGUUUAAUGAAUUAUAAAGCUGCUCAUCAGAAUGCGGCUGAUUAAAAACAAAUACCAGGAGAUAUUUUAAUGCAACAAACUGCUGCAGGAAUCACCUGAAGUCUUUUUGUGUUUUCUUCCUUUGUGUAAACAGUGUUAAAAUUCACUCAAACUAUUCUGUUUUGUAAUAUUUAUAUUUGGCAGUAUUGUAUGGAAUAAAUACUAUUUUGACUUUGA